CUUUUUGUACCAAAAAAAGACUUUCUUCCUUUUUUUUUUUUUCCCUUCCGUGUACUACGAGAUUUCGUGAACGACCAAAAGCGGCAGCUUCUUACCAAAAAAAUACAAAGCGGCAGUUUCCGUCUCGAGAGAACGAGAGUGCCGAGCUCUUUCGUUAGAUAUUUUGUGUUGUCUCUUGACGUUGGAUGAAGCAACCUUUUGGAAAUUAGUUACGAUUGUUGGACUAAACUCCAUAAUUUGAUGUUGGUAAACAUGCUUGUUUCCAUGUUCUGAAUUUAUUGCGACUAGAGUUAUAUGGGAAAAAGUCAGCCAUGCAGAAUGAGCAUUGUAAAUCCCUUGUUAUACAUUCAAGGAUGGAACCCAGCUUUAGCAACUGUAAGAAAACUGUUUUCUUGGGUAACUUGCUAAAGCUUAAACAGAGUAACUAAGUUAUGGAGCUUUAAUUGUCACUACUUCUUGAAUAAGAUGGAAACACUGGGAGCUUCUUGAGUCUUUACUUGCAAGCUUUUGAACAACGUACUGUUUGUGCUUUGUCCAGCUCUGAAUCUUGUUUGCUUUGAACAUCAGGCCCUCACGUUCUUGAGCAUAUCAAAUUGUAUUCUGAUAUGGCAUCAACAACAAUCACAACUGUGUCCAUCAGUUCAAUAUAUGCUCAGACUGGUUUGGGAGCAAAAUCUAGGCCCUUAGGCUUGAAUUUUAGUAGCCCAAAGUCCUUUAAGAGUUUUAGUGGUCUGAAAGCAGGAUCAUCAGUUGAAAUUGAAUCAGAGACGUCCUUUUUGGGCAAGGAAAGCAAUGCUGCCCUCCAGGCAUCUUUUGUUCCAAAGAGCAAACCAAGACAGACGUUCACAAAUCAGCUCCAGCCCCGAGCAUCCACUUAUAAAGUCGCCAUCCUUGGGGCUGCUGGUGGGGUCGGUCAAUCCCUAGGACUUCUUAUCAAGAUGUCUCCACUGGUCUCAGCUUUGCAUCUUUAUGAUAUUGAAAAUUUGAAAGGAGUUGCUGCUGAUCUCAGCCAUUGCAAUACUCCCUCUCAGGUUCUGGAUUUCACAGGACCAUCCGAACUUGCCAAUUGUUUAAAAGGUGUGGAUGUGGUUGUCAUCCCUGCAGGAGUUCCAAGGAAGCCAGGCAUGACUCGUGAUGAUCUAUUCAACAUCAAUGCCAACAUUGUGAAGACAUUGGUUGAGGCUGUUGCAGACAAUUGUCCAGAUGCUUUCAUCCACAUCAUCAGCAACCCUGUCAACUCUACUGUCCCAAUAGCAGCAGAAGUUCUCAAGCAGAAGGGUGUCUAUGAUCCAAAGAAACUUUUUGGUGUUGCAACUCUGGAUGUUGUUAGAGCUAAUACAUUUGUUGCAGAAAAGAAGAACCUCAAGCUCAUUGAUGUGGAUGUACCAGUUGUUGGGGGGCAUGCCGGCAUUACCAUCUUACCAUUGCUGUCGAAGACGAGACCAUUGGUGAGCUUCACUGACAAAGAAGUUGAAGAGCUAACUGUGAGAAUACAGAAUGCUGGGACAGAGGUUGUGGAGGCAAAAGCUGGUGCUGGAUCUGCUACCCUGUCCAUGGCCUAUGCAGCAGCUAGAUUUGUUGAGUCAUCUCUCCGAGCAUUGGAUGGAGAUGGGGAUGUCUAUGAGUGCUCUUUUAUUCAGUCCGAGCUAACUGAACUGCCUUUCUUUGCAUCAAGAGUCAAGCUUGGGAAGAAAGGCGUGGAAGCUGUGAUAUCUGCAGAUCUGCAGGGGCUGACUGAGUUUGAGGCGAAAGCACUGGAAGCAUUAAAGCCAGAGCUGAAGGCCAGCAUCGAGAAGGGUGUGGCAUUUGUUCAGAAACAGGCAGCAGCUGCAUCUGUCUGAGGCUUUCUAGUUUUUCUUGCCCCAAACAGUCGUACAAAAAAAGAAUAAAGAUAGAGCCGUGCUCUAAAGCUUUCAGUUUUGCAGCAUAGAACAUUUUCUUAUUUUAACACUGGAGAACUGCUCUUGAUGAGAUGCAGGAGAUCUCUGUUUUGAAGGAUAUUAUGAAGAGGGAAAAUACAGUACUGAUAUGUUAGGGCAUGUUAUCAUGGUUGCAUGGAAGUCUCAUUAGUAUUACCAUGUAACUGAUUUUGUUUUCUCGUUUUGACUCGUUUCCUCAAUGCUGUAGUCUCGAUGUUGUUCAACUUAGAGAAAAUCAUUAGCCAUGCAGUGGUCAGAGGAGAGAUAUAUCUUGAGGAGAAUUUAUUAUUUGCAAGCAACACAAAGCAUUAUAGCAUGGCAUAUUUUGCUAUAAAAGACUCAUACUGUUUGUUUUAUUAUCUGUAUUGGUGUACCAUUUUGUUCUUGUUAAGAAAUUUGAAAUUCUUGAAUAUCGCAAUACCUGUUUAUUUGCAUGGCAAUUGCAAUUAUAACAACAGGCAUGCCAAAUAUAAGUUUUCAUA